AGCCAGCAUCGGUCCGUUCAGCUUCUAUAAUAAAUGCAGUCAAAGGCGCAGAACCUCCUCAUCACUCACCAGCGUCUUGUUUUUGAACCUUGCCCUUACAAAAGCCAUUUCCCACCAUGCCAAGCCAACAGAAGAAAGUCAUAUUUUGCACGGCUGGGGUGUUAAGCUUCGUGUGUGCCUUGGGAGUUGUGACAGCACUGGGGACGCCGUUGUGGAUCAAAGCCACCAUCCUCUGCAAAACGGGGGCUCUGCUCGUCAACGCCUCAGGGCCGGAGCUAGACAAGUUCAUCGGUGAGAUGCAGUACGGGCUUUUCCACGGCGAGGGCGUGAGGCAGUGCGGGUUAGGAGCCAGGCCUUUUCGGUUCUCAUUUUUCCCAGAUUUGCUCAAAGCUAUCCCAGUGAGCAUCCAUGUCAAUGUCAUUCUCUUCUCUACAAUCCUCAUUGUAUUGACCAUGGUGGAAACAGCCUUUUUCAUGUACAAUGCUUUUGGCAAGCCCUUUGAAACGCUGCACGGUCCACUAGGGUUAUAUCUUUUGAGCUUCAUUUCAGGCUCCUGUGGCUUUCUCGUCAUGAUAUUGUUUGCGUCUGAAGUGAAAAUCCACCACCUCUCAGAAAAAAUUGCAAAUUAUAAAGAAGGGACUUAUGCUUACAAAACACAAAGUGAAAAAUACACCACCUCGUUCUGGGUCGUUUUCAUCUGCUUUUUUGUUCAUUUUCUGAAUGGGCUCCUAAUACGACUCACUGGAUUUCAGUUCCCUUUUGCAAAAUCUAAUGACACAGAGACAACUAAUGUAGCUGCUGAUCUAAUGUACUGA